CCUACGUACACUUCAGGUUCAAAGUCUGAUCCCUCACAAUCCAUACCAAAAAUGGCCACCGAGCAGAGCUACAUCAUGAUCAAGCCUGACGGCGUCCAGCGCGGGCUGGUUGGCGAGGUGAUCAAGCGGUUUGAGCAGCGUGGCUACACCCUGAAGGGCCUGAAGCUCCUGAACGUGCCCAAGGACCUGGCUGAGAAGCACUACCAGGACCUGAGCGCGCGGCCUUUCUUCCCCGCCUUGGUGGACUACAUUUGCAGUGGCCCGGUCGUUGCGAUGGUCUGGGAGGGCAAGGGCGUUGUGGCCACUGGCCGCAAGAUGAUUGGCGCUACAAACCCGCUGGCAUCGGAGCCGGGCACUAUCCGUGGCGACUUCGCCAUCGAGGUGGGCCGCAACGUCAUCCACGGCUCGGACUCUGUCGAGAGCGCCCAGCGCGAGAUUUCCCUGUGGUUCCCGGAGGGUGUGGCUGAGUGGACCCCCGCUGUCAAGCCCUGGGUCUACGAGUAAGCGGGACGCGCGAAGCACAGAAAAGCGAGCCAUCGGGCUUGGUCUGCUUGACCCAAUGGCGAAGCACCCUGUGGAAACCAAGACAUGCAUUGCCUGCUCGAUUCUACAAGCAUAGGUCGCUGGGUGCAGGUUUCGCGUCUGCGGCGCGGGUAUCGCGCUUUGCAUGUGUUCGUCUCCCACCGAAGGUGGAUGGCCGGGCAAGGCUGCUGUUGGUCCAUGAAGUGUGCUUUUGCAAGGGGUGAUGCGGGAGGGGAAAAGAGGAGGUGUUUAUUCGGGGGCUGGGAUGCCUUUGUGAUGAUGUCUUCUGGUGACGAGCGCAGCUUCAGUUUUUGGUGUAUAUGACGUCAGUCGCGAAUUACUCGAGUACGAGGCGUAAAUGCAUUUAAUACUCGUAAGACUCGCAAUCAAGCACAGGCGCAACUUCGGAAACACAGGCUGUAAUCGUUCAUACCAUCCUG